AUGUAUAUCGACACAGAAGAAUGUCCUAUUUAUAUACAAACAAUACAAUCUGAACGAGGUCAUAAUAAUGUCGAUCGUUUUAAAAGUAAACUUAUUGAACAAAAAGAAGAAUAUGAACAACAAAUAACGCAAUUAACAAGAAGUCAUAAUGAACAAGUAUCUAAACUUUGUCAUGAAGUAGAGGAAUCAGCAUCAGUAUUACAUAAAUAUAAAAUAGAACUUGAUUCAAUGCGAGUAAAACUUGAUGGACAAGAAAAGCAAAUAAUAAAAAAUACAAAUAAUGAAUUAUGUCCUAAUCGAAAUUUACAAAUAAAAUGUAUUAAAUUAAAAUCUGAAAAUAGACGAUUGAAAAAAGAUUUAUCAAAAUUAUCAAUUAAAUAUGAUAAAUUAAUAAAUGAAAUGGAAGAGGCUCGACAAUAUGUAUUAGAAAUGAUUACGAACUUAAACUAA